CCCGUCUAGCGUGUUCUUUGAAGAGUUCAGAGGUCAAAGGGCAUCCAGCCGUCUUUCGCCCACGUCCCACGUGGUCAUUGAGAAAACAACAUGGGGAAGAAUAAGCCCACAAAACAAGCCGGAUCUUCACAGAAGCUUGAUAAACAUGAGAGGAAAAAGCCUAAGCACAAUGACAAGCCAAAUCAAAAUGAGCAUCUGGAGCAGAUUCCAUUCCGGUUACGAGAAAUUAUAAAGAGUAAGGAGAGGAUGAAAAUGGGUGCCAAGCAGCUGAAAAAAAUUAAGAAAUCUCUUGUCCCAAAACCUCAGGAUGGAGACAUUCCGAUUCCGGAAUUUCGCAGAAAGCAGAGUGAAUCAGAAACGUCCUUCUUGAAGCGUAUGGCACGAGAGACCGAUCAUGUCAUGUUCCUUACCAAGAACCAGCUUGAGCGGGAACCGGAGCUGGAGCUCAGUGAGCAGGAGCAGAAGGCAGGAAAACGCAAGUCCGAGAAGAAGAAAGAGCAUGGCCAGAACCGGUUGCAGAGAUUGCAGCAGAAAAAGCUGGACCGACAGGUGCAGAGGGAGGAGAAAGAGAGGUUUGAAGAUAAAGUAGAGUUUGGAGAGGUUGCCAUGGCUCCACCCACUUUGAGUGCCAAACCUAGGAAGGCCCCAAACAAGUCCACGGGGGCUUCAAAGGGGCUGCUGCUGAACUCUCUCCUAGGCCACACUCCUGUGUCUGUGGUGAAUCCAUCAAUGGCGAGGCAGAGGAUCAUGGAGGAAGAGCGGGUGCGUGUGGUGGAGGCCUACCGCCACCUGAAGAAGCAGAAACAGGAGCAGAACGCGCUCAGAGCCGCCAGCAUGGGCAAGCUGCUGAACCCCCAGUGAAGCGUGAUGGCAAGCACCACCAUCCCAAGGCUGCUGUCCUCCGCCUGCCAUCCCCAACAGUGGAGAAUGGGACAUGGGUGUUGCGCCAAAGACCUCAGGAUGCCAUGGGAAACCGUGCAGACAUGGCGAUUGGAAUCAAGUUUUGUGUUGGCCACACAGCGGGCAGUGGCAAGACCAGUGUGAUUGGAAACUAAGCUGAGUGCCACUAUGUGAUGGCCAAAGCUUCAAUGAUUCAGUUCAGGGCAGCUAAAAGAGUUGCAGGAAUAUUUCAGUGUUCUUUGAUGCUGCAAGAACUUUAUCACAAUCAUGUUUUCAAUUUGUACUACACAAAUCGCAGUUGCCAGUGUGAGUGGUGGACUUUCUUGACCACUAGAUGGCAACAUCAAACUUUCAAUGCAUCCACAGUGCCCGCAGCAUGUUUGGUACCUCCACUGAGUCACAAGAGAAGAGGACCAGAGAAGAGAAGUCUCAUCAAUAGCUAUGUACAUGCAUUGUACAUGCUUUUGGAAAUCUUGUUUUCUAUGUCUGAAGCAAAGUGUUAACCAUGUAAGUACGAAAUAAGCGUUUCAUCUCCACAGAUUAAACCUUUAAUAAAACCAAGUGCCACCA